CUUCCUCUCUCUCUUUCUGCACUUCCUACAGUCCCCAAAGUUUCAGCUCCGGUAAGUCUCCCGAAAAUCCUAAACGACGUCGUUCCGAAUUUCCUUCUCAGCUGGUUUAGUUGAAUUGGAAUAGCUAUGGCGAAUGCAUCGAUGGAUAUUCCCGCAAAGGGUGGGUUCAGCUUCGAUUUGUGCAGAAGGAAUGACAUGCUGGCGAACAAAGGGCUUCGCCCUCCUUCAUUCCUCAAAACUGGAACUACUAUUGUUGGCUUGAUUUUUCAGGAUGGUGUCAUCCUUGGUGCAGACACUCGUGCCACUGAAGGACCCAUAGUUGCCGACAAGAAUUGUGAGAAAAUUCACUACAUGGCUCCUAAUAUUUAUUGCUGUGGAGCAGGGACUGCUGCUGAUACUGAAGCUGUUACUGACAUGGUCAGUUCCCAACUGAAGCUCCACAGAUAUCACACUGGUCGUGAAUCCAGGGUUGUCACUGCUCUUACACUUUUAAAAUCUCAUCUUUUCAGUUACCAAGGAUAUGUUUCAGCUGCUUUGGUUCUUGGUGGAGUUGAUAUCACUGGCCCACAUUUGCAUACUAUUUACCCUCAUGGCUCUACUGACACACUGCCGUUUGCUACAAUGGGAUCUGGUUCCCUUGCAGCAAUGUCUGUCUUUGAAUCACGAUACCGUGAGGGACUAAACAAGGAAGAAGGAAUUCAAUUGGUGACGGAUGCCAUAUUGGCCGGAAUAUUCAAUGAUCUGGGUAGUGGAAGCAAUGUUGAUGUUUGUGUAAUAACCAAGGGCCACGCAGAAUAUAUUAGAAACCAUAAGUUGCCGAAUCCCCGAACUUAUCCUCAGAAGGGUUAUGCCUUCCCUAAAAAGACUGAGGUUAUUAUGACUAAGAUUACACCACUGAGAGAUAUGGUGGAGGUGAUAGAAGGUGGAGAAGCCAUGGAAGAAUGAGUUCUGCUGCACUAAUGAAGACAUUUUAGUUUAUUUCAAUAAACUUUUACAUAGACAAUUUUCUAAAAGAACAUGUCAUGUUUUGAACUUGUAUGGCUAAACUCUAUAUGAACUUUUUCAUCAGAAUUAUCAUAUGUAGCUUGCAAACAAUUUUUUUGCCAGAAAAUACAAGAAUGAGGUGCUCUGAAAA